CAUUUGUUUACAAUCGCACGUGCAUUCAAAAAGUCAUGGAAGACAUUGUGGAAUCUUUGUUUAUUAGCACAUUGGACAAUGAGCGUGCAUCCUGCAACGUGCAGGACCUGCGCACAGGCACAGAUCUGAUGAGAUACAAAGGGGGCGGUGCUAUGCAUCCACAUAGCCUGCAAAUGCUUGGCGGUCACUUUGUUAUUGCGGCCAACAGCACAAAGCCGUUACUCCAUGUUUGGCCCAUCAAUGGCCAGGAGCCAAUGUCCAAUAUACGCUAUGUGGUGCCGGGCAAAGUGAAUGCUUUGGCCUUAACGCCAGAUGGCAGCUUCUUGGUGGCCGGCAUACAGGAGAACAUAUACGUGUGGCAUCUUAACUCUGGUCGCUUGCUCAACACACUGUCUAGACAUUUUCAGGCCAUAACCUGUAUUCGCUUCACCGACAACGGCGAGCACUUUGCCAGCGCUGGUAAAGAUGGUGCCGUGCUGGUAUGGAAUCUAACACGUGCCACAGCACCCUUGGGCACAGGAGACAGUGAGGAGAAUGCGCCAUUUUAUAGCUUCAACGAUCAUGGACUGGCUGUAACCGAUGUCCACAUUGGCCAUGGUGGCAUCAAAGCCUUCCUCUAUAGCGUUUCCUUGGAUCGCUGCUGCAAGGUCUAUGAUCUGAGCUCAGGCAAUAUGCUCUUGAGCGUUGUUUUUCCAGUUGCAUUGCACAGUGUGAUUGUCAACAAGCUGGAAACGGAUGUCUAUGUGGGCACCGCAGAGGGUCAAGUGCUAGUGUUUCAUAUGGAUCGCGUGCCACGCAUGAAGGAAUACCAUCUGGAAGAGCAGGAUACUCAAGGCUUUAUAAAACACACCAAAGGCACGGCUGUCACUUGCUUGGCGUUGUCAGCAAAUGCAGAUCAGCUAAUAUCUGGUGGCGAGGAUAAACUAGUCUGCAUCUGGGAUAUAAGCAGUCGUCAGUUAAUUAAGAGCUUGCCACAAGUGGGCGCAUUAAGCAACUUACAUCUACGUCUCAUUAACUCCGCUUUGUUCCAUCCCGGACCGAAGCAGCCAAAGUUCUUCGCUGACAACUUAAAGCGCAUGAUUAGUCCACCAGAUAACAAUGAUUGUAUUGAGCUACUAAUCACAGAGGAAUACACAAAGAAUCGUCCGGCUAAAAAAUGGGAUAUUGAUACCUACUAUAAUUUAUAUGACACUGUAACAGCUGCUCAGGAGGUUGCUGCUAAUAACGAUGAUGAUGAUGUUGAGAAUGAGGAUAUGGAAGACGCUGCUGCUGCAACUGUAAGCGAUGAGGAAAUGACGCCACUGGACAAUGAAGAAAGUGAAGAAGAAGCUAUUGUAGUGCCAGCCAAAAAACAACGUCAAAAGCCUAAGAAGAAGCCAGUCGCUGUUGAAAAGAUUGUAGCUCCUGCUGCAGCUGUCAGCGAUGAGGAAAUGGCGCCACUAGACAAAGAAGAGAGUGCAGAUGAAAUUAUUUUACCAUUGUCCAAAAAACAACGUCAAAGGCGUAAAAAGAAGGCAGUAGCCGCUGCAAAGAUUGCCAGCAAGCCAGAAACCAACAACAAAUCCACACCGAAGGCACAGAAGGCUCGUCAGAGAUAGAUUCUUG